UUGUCUGUGUUUCCCCUUCAAUGUGGCCAGUAUGGAAAUAUGUUUUAUGUGACUACACAUAUAAUCUACGUAGGUUGCUUGCUGUUUCAGAGACAGGGGAGGGGACGUAGGAAGGGAGAGAAUUUGGAACUCAUUUUUUAAAAAAUGAAAGUUUAAAAAUUGUUUAUAUGUAAUUUAGAAAAAGAAGAAAUUUUCACAUUAAAAAGUAUUCUUUUACAGUCUUUGUUGGAUUGAUUUCUAGUAACUUUUCACCCUUUUUUUCUAAGAUUCAAUCUCUAAUGAAAAAUCCAUGCAGAAGAAAUAGAAAUGGCAGGCUUCCUAGAUAAUUUUCGAUGGCCAGAAUGUGAAUGCAUUGAUUGGAGUGAGAGAAGAAAUGCAGUAGCUUCUGUAGUAGCAGGUGUAUUGUUUUUUACAGGUUGGUGGAUAAUGAUUGAUGCAGCAGUGGUAUAUCCUAAGCCAGAACAAAUGAACCAUGCAUUUCAUACAUGUGGUGUCUUUUCCACAUUAGCUUUCUUCAUGAUAAAUGCUGUGUCCAAUGCACAAGUGAGAGGAGAUAGCUAUGAAAGUGGCUGUUUAGGAAGAACAGGUGCUCGAGUUUGGCUUUUCAUUGGUUUCAUGUUGAUGUUUGGUUCGCUUAUUGCUUCAAUGUGGAUUCUUUUUGGUGCAUAUGUUACUCAAAAUACUAAUGUUUAUCCAGGACUAGCUGUAUUUUUUCAGAAUGCACUUAUAUUUUUUAGUACUCUCAUCUACAAAUUUGGACGAACAGAAGAAUUAUGGGGAUAAAUCACCACUUGCAUCAAAAAUCAUUUUGUUAUAUUCUUUUCCCAAUUUGAUUUACGUUUUUUAGAGUGGAUUUUACAAUAUAUGUUGUCAAAUUAAUUUCCUUUUAUGCCAAGUUUAAAAAUAGUUUGAUGUCAUUUCUACUUUUUGUUUUAUUGAAUAGAUUGUGAAUAUGUACAUAUGGAUGUAUAUAUUAUAAAUGGUGGAAAAUAUCCGUUUUUUUAUUCUUGCACAGUUAAGGCUUGAUCUGUGCUCUUUGAGCAAGACUGCAUCAUGUCACUUUAGAGUUUAUCAGUUAUGCAAGUGUAUGUGUUUCUAAUGACUGAAGAUGUGCAAAAGUAAAUCAGUGAAUAUCUGAAAUCAGCCCAUAACCAUUAGUAGGAAGGGCAUUUCAAUAACUUGUAUUUGUUUUGGCACAGAAAAUGAAGGCUUUCAUUUUUUCUUUUUAAUACCUGCUUGCAGAUUUUGGAAAAAGUAGAACUUGACAUGAAGAUUUUUAAAGACCCAAAGUACUAAUUUGGAAAUACCUUUUGAAGAAAAAUUGUUUCUGAGUUGCAAGGCUCUGAAAAGGGAUAGUAUAACUGAUUAGCUUAGAUUUAAUAUGAUUUAAAGUAAAGGGACCACAGGAGAACUUGGCAAUGUAAUUUUUAAGUAAAAUAGUCUGUGAAUUGUGAUUUUCUUUUUAUAAUCUAUAGAUUACAUGACAGCAUUGCUUAAGCUCAUGUUAAAGCAAGUUAUCUUGGAAGAAUCAGAUUUAAGAGCACAGAUAUUUUUGCUUUAUAUUAAAGUUAGGGAAAAUAUUAAAAAUUAAAAUUUCCUUCUAAAAAAUAACUUCCACUAUGUUUAAGAAAUAAGCAUCUUGUCCACUUGUUUGCAAGACUGAAAGCCACUAUGCUAAUGUAGUCAUUGAACUUUGGGGAAACUAAUAGAAAAUUUUGCAGGCAUGUAUGAUUACAAUCAUAGCUCUAAUUUAUUGAGUUGUAUUAGCUAAGUAAGCACAAAUACAUAGUGCAGCCUCAAGGGAGCUGUUUGGAUAUUGUCACUAUCUUACUAUCGCACUCUGACUUGUUACAUAGGAUUUGGUUGUACUUUAAUUUCCCCCAGCAAAUUCUUUUUCUUGUCUGAAAGAAUAUAAAGCAAACAGCAUUAGAGACUUUUUACCUUUGCACAGAAUAUGAAGCAAAUUAAGCAAAUUGUGGAAAGCUGUGCUAUUUGUCUACACUUUGUCCUGUUUACUGUUGGUGUACCUUUGUUUAAAAACUUCUAGGAAGCUGUUUUUAUUUUCUAAAAUUAGCAUCUUUGAAGUCCCUUUUUAUGUCCUCUCAGUUGUAAUUUAUUUUAAAUACAAUAAAUAUUUCUUUUAAGAG